AGAGAGAGAGAGAGAGAGAGAGAGGGAGAGAGAGAGAGAGAUGGUGAUUAGGAAAGUUGGGAAGUAUGAGGUGGGGAGGACGAUCGGAGAGGGGACGUUUGCGAAGGUGAAAUUUGCUCAGAACACAGAGACUGGGGAGAGCGUGGCCAUGAAAGUUCUCGACAAGGCCUCCAUCCUCAAGCACAAGAUGGCUGACCAGAUUAAGAGGGAAAUAUCCAUUAUGAAGCUUGUUCGACAUCCUUAUGUUGUUCGCCUGCACGAGGUUUUGGCUAGUCGUACAAAGAUAUACAUAAUUCUGGAAUUCAUCACAGGUGGUGAAUUAUUUGAUAAAAUACAGGUUCAUCGGGGAAGGCUUAGUGAAAAUGACUCAAGAAAAUACUUUCAGCAGCUCAUUGAUGGGGUGGAUUUUUGCCACAGUAAGGGAGUGUACCACAGAGAUUUGAAGCCAGAAAAUCUUCUGCUUGAUUCACAGGGUAAUCUGAAAAUCUCAGAUUUUGGCCUCAGUGCAUUGCCUCCACAAGGAACUGACCUUCUUCACACAACAUGUGGAACACCGAACUAUGUUGCUCCAGAGGUACUCGCCCAUAAGGGUUAUGAUGGUGCUGUUGCAGAUGUGUGGUCAUGUGGUGUCAUUCUUUAUGUCUUAUUGGCUGGGUAUCUUCCAUUUGAUGAGGUUGAUCUCACAACACUAUAUGGCAAGAUUGAGAGAGCAGAUUUUUCCUGCCCAUCUUGGUUUCCUGUAGGAGCAAAGUUGUUGAUCCAUAAAAUUCUGGAUCCAAAUCCCAAUACUCGAGUGCGAAUUGAAGAAAUCAGGAAUGAUGAUUGGUUCAAGAAGGGUUAUGUGGCUGUCAGGCAUGUUGAAGAUGAGGAUGUUAAUUUGGAUGAUGUGUAUGCUGCUUUUGAUGAUGCUGAGGAUCAGUAUGUAAGUGAACAUUCAGGGCACAAUAUGGGCCCUCUUAUUCUGAAUGCGUUUGACAUGAUUAUUCUCUCAGAAGGCCUGAAUCUUGCUGCAUUGUUUGAUAGGAGACAGGAAUAUGUGAAGCGUCAAGGCCGAUUUGUUUCACAGAAACCAGCAAAGGUUGUUCUAUCAAGUAUGGAAGUUGUUGCGCAAUCUAUGGGUUUCAAAACUCAUAUACGUAAUUUCAAGAUGAGGGUGGAAGGUCUUUCUGCAAACAAGGCAGCACAUUUCUCCGUCAUUCUGGAGGUUUUUGAAGUGGCCCCUGCAUUUUUCAUGGUGGAUGUUCAGCAGGCAUCAGGAGACAUCCUUGAGUAUCAGAAGUUCUAUAACAACUUUUGUAGCAAUCUUGAAGAUAUUAUUUGGAAACCUCCUGAGGAGAUGGCAAAACCGAGGCUUUCUAUGAAAAGGCUUUGAGUAUUCAAAUUACCCUCCAUUCCUAAUUUAACAAGCAUUCACCCACUUCUUGACUAGUUGCAGUUUGAGUUAAUUUAUGAGUUGAGUAUUAUAUCAUUAUUAUUGUUAUAGGGAUGGUAUACUAUAAGACCAUUACCCUUUGGUGCAAGGAGGUCGCAAUUGCUGUACCGUCAAAUGUCAAAUUCUACAGCUUGGGGUGUGUCACAAAUAUCGAAAAAUUCUCUUUUGAACUUUGAGACUAAUCAAUGGCACAUCCCUAAUUGUUGAUUUCAAAUCUGAUAUUCAAUAGCAAUUAUUACCGCUUUGUACCAAAGAUAAAUGGUGGUAUUCUAUACUUUUCCGUUGUCUUAAUAUGUUCACUAGGUUUUAUUCAUCGCUACUCUUAAGUAUAGAAGCUGGUUAUUAGGUUGCUUGAUAAGAACCAGUUAUUGUGUUUAAUUAUUAUUUUCUGUUCCAUUUACGCCCCCAUCAAAUGUGAAUUAUGUUAAAAUCUAUUAUUGUAAUAUGUCUGAUGACUCGCUUGCUGAUCG